AUGCCAAUAAGCCCUUUUUAUAUUUCCAAUUUUUCAGCCAAUCUCUAUGGAGGAGCUGCCACCCAACAACAAUAUCAGCAACAACAACAUCAGUAUUCACAGGGUUACGGUGAAGUGCCAUCCACAUUCCAAACGUCGUUCACUUACACACAACCUGAAACUCAAUCUCAUCAUCAACAACAACCACAAGCCACAUCCUCCCAAAAUUUGCAAUUCCAUAGCUACAACUCACAACCAGGAGUUCAAUAUGGAUCACAAGACUCAUUCUUCCCAAAUCAAGCUGCUCUCACUGCUGCAGCAACGUCAUUUGCCACGAGUGCUGCUCAGCAGUACGCCCAGACGUACGCUCAACAACAGCAAGUACAACAACAACAAGUUCAACAACCACCCGCACAGAUUGAUCAAGCCAACUUAGCAAAGUAUUCUCAAUAUUUGGAUAUUCUUCAAAAGGCUUAUGGAAUUCAACUUCCCGGAGAAUUGUCGAUGCAACCAAAUGCGGCAGCAGCUGGAACUGGAUAUCAAGCAGCGCAAUCACAACAACAGAUUGUGAACCAAGUCCCUCAAACCUACGGUCAACAACCCCAACAACCAGCUCCUCAAACCUAUUCUGGAUAUCCACAAACUGCUGUUCAACCACAGCCACAAGUGAACACUCAAUCACAAGCUGAAAUCACUUAUCAGCAGCAGUUAGCAGCUUAUCAACAGCAGCAACAGCAACUUGCCCAGCAACAACAGCUAGCUCAACAACAAGCCGAGCAACUUGCUGCUCAACAACGCCAAGCUCAAGAGUUGGCCCGUCAUCAACAAUUGCAACAGCAGAUUCAGCAACAGCAGCAACAACAACAACAGCAACAACAACAGAACCAAUACGGAGGAAUGCAACCAAAUCCAUAUGUUCAACCAUCAGCGCCAGUUCAGCAACCUCUUCCACAACAGCCAAUUCCACAACAGCCAAUUCCACAACAACCAGUUCCUCAACAACAAAUUCCACAACAACCAAUGAACUUCCUCCCAGCUCCUCAAGCUCCGAUGCCACAAGCUCCUGUUCCACAGCAGCCGCAACAACCACAUCAACCACAACCACAGCAAUAUGUCACCCAACCUCCUACCUAUAAAAAUAACUAUCAAACUGCUGCAUUGGGACAAACCAACAGCUAUUCUGGACAAGCUAAACCACAAGUCUAUACGUAUCCAGGACCAUCUCAAGUGCAGAAACCAACGCAUUCCACCGUAUACGGUAACCACGAGAACAGUGUCAUCGAGGAAGAACCACACGGAUCUGUGAUUUCUCAGCAACAAGUUGUUCCACCAAGACCAGUUCAACCAGCCCAGCCAAUGUCUGUCGCUACAGUAACCCGUGGUCCACCACCACCAACACAUCCAGCUCCAGUUGUUGCUCCAAGCUCAGUGGUUCCAAAAUCUCAACCAAGACCACCACCUACCACAAGGCCUCCAACUCGUGCCACAAUCCGCCCAACUCCACAAACAACUCAAACGAAAUCAGCAACAAGUCGUCCUUCUUCUGCCACGUCAUCAGCUGUUACACCUUCCCCAAGCCAAUCGUUGACUCAGCAGAUUCGAAAACUUCCGGCCGUUCUCUACAUUGACUCCAAAAAUGAAAGCACAAAGAAAACCGAGACACUGCUUAGAGAUACCUAUGGAUUACCACUUGUUACAUUCUAUGUUGAUAAGACUGACAAACCGGCCGCAAUCGAACGUCAACUUCAACAAUUGACUGCUCACAAAGGUUUACCGUAUCUUUUCAUUUGUGGAACUUUCAUAGGAAGUGAAUCCCAUAUUGAAAACUAUCAUUCUAAUGGACAGAUCCCACAACUUGUCGAAUAUGUUUGUGGAGACGAAAAGAAGAAGAAGAAGAACAAAAAGACUUCAUCUUAA